CGACUCAUCUAAACGUCAUUUACGUCACUCAUUUCAAAAAAGUGAGGUUACGUUGUCAAAUCCAGUUUCACGUAUUAUUUUAUGUUUGGUUGUAUGAACGAGUAAUAUUUCAUAAUAAAAUCUUUAAUUAAACUGUAGCUAUUAAAAAUGUUUCUCUACCAAGGCCCUGUGAAGGAAUUAGACGAUAAAUUCGUUACUUUAAUUGGUAAAUUUGUAGCCGAUAUUAAACAUGGGAAGAUCCGAGGUUCUACCAACAGAGUGCUGGCGAUGGUGACACUGCUGGAAACCAUAAUCACAGAGUCUCAGUAUACUACAGCUGUAGAUCUAUGCGGCGCCAUCCGCGCUGCCGGUCGGCAGGUAAUGGCUGCUCUUCCAAACGAGCUGGUGAUAGCCAACGUAGCUAGGAGGCUGCUCAGAGCCAUCCGCGAUGAGAACAGAGCUCAAGGGAACCAGGGCAUAGAAGGUUCUGGGGAGAGUCUCCAGCGGUUGGUGCUGGCGGCUAGCGCUCGGCGUGCCACGCUAGGUACAGCCCAGCAUGAUCUGAGAGAACCAUUAAGGGAUUACAUCGCUGAGCUGCGAGGCGAGCUGGAAUCCAGCAUAUCCAGUAUAUGCGGUCAAGCUCGGGAACACGUACAUGGAGACGAGCUGAUCCUCACGUACGGAGCCAGCCCCAUCACUGAGAGGUUCCUCCGCGCUGCAGCUCCUCGGAAGUAUAAGUUGAUAUUGGCUGAAGGGCCUGAUCCUACUGAGGAGUUUUACAGCGAGUUGACUGUCUUGAUAGCCGAGUGGUCGCAAAGUCAUGCGAUGGCCAACCGCCUGAGUGCAGCCGGGGUGCCGGUGACCGUCAUCAGCGCGGCUUCCAUCUACGCUGUCAUGUCACGAGUUAAUAAGGUGGUGAUCAGCGUGAAGGCAGCGCUGGGUGGUGGCGCUAUAUUAUCGGAAGCUGGUGUCUUCUCCGUCACUCUAGCUGCUAGACAUUAUCGAGUACCUGUGCUGGCUCUUGUACCCCUAUACAAAUUGUGUCCGAUACACGAUUUGACUCCCUUCAACUCGUCCGGCUCGCCACACACAGCACUGUCAUACGACCACCACGAAGCCACAAGCGACAACGUUCACGUGUACGCUCCGUUGUACGACUUCGCGCCGCCAGACAACGUCACCCUGUUCAUUACCAAUCUUGGCGGCAGUUCCCCAUCCUACAUGUACCGUAUGCUGUCAGAAUUAUACGACCCCAGCGACUACUUAUUGUAGCCGACUUCCAACGAAACCGACUUCUAGACGACUUCCAACGAAAUUGACUGACUUCUAAAUGUAUUGGGUGAUUUUUUCUACAAUUAGGGUGACUUCGAAAUGUAUUGGUUGACUUCUAAUUGUUCUAUUCUGUAUGUUGUCGGCUGAAUUCUUAUUACAUGGGGUGAAAUAGCGAAAUUUAUAUUAAUACAUAUGUAAUAUGUAUAUCACUACAUAGUAUAAAACAAAGUAGCUACCCGCCGUCUGUCUGUCCC